AUGAAGCUAACAGUACAAACAUAUUCAAAGAUGAUCUUCCAAUUGGUCCGUAGGUUCCAUGCUGGACCAGUGUGCAGGGCAGCUGAAUCGUCACUGUUAGCUAAACUGAGGAAGAAAACAGGCUACACAAUUGCUAACUGCAAGAAAGCCUUAGAAAUGCAUAACAAUGAUGCUGAUAAGGCUGAGUCGUGGUUAAAUGAUCAGGCUCAGGCAAUGGGUUGGGCUAAAGCCACGAAGCUCGCAGGCCGCACUGCGUUACAAGGGCUUAUUGCUGUAAAGUUUGACAAGGAGCAUGGUGCCUUGGUUGAGCUCAACUGUGAAACAGACUUUGUGGCAAAGAAUGAUAAGUUCCAAAAAAUGAUAGAGGAUGCCACUUUAGCAUGCUUCAAGUUUGCCCACACUCAUAUGCAGGCUAAAGGACCAGUUACUAAGAUGGAAUUAGACAGUGAACAAUUAGCUAAUCUAGCAACUCAAAGUGGAAAGAAGUUGUCAGAAGAACUGGCAUUGUUUAUUGGAACUGUUGGCGAAAAUGCUGUUUUGAGGAGGGCUGAAUGUUGGAAGGCAAACAAUAAGGAUGUCAAAAUUACCGGCUACACUCACCCUGCACCAGCGACACCUGCUGACUAUUCCGCAGGAAAGUAUGGAGCCUUGCUCGCAUACAAACAACCCAGUGACACCGAAGAUGUCGGGAGACAGCUUUGCCAACACAUUGUUGGUAUGGGCCCUAGGAAAAUAGGUAACAAAGAGACAGACAAACCUGCUAAAGAUGCUGAUGAUGAAACAUGUCUUAUUUACCAAGAAUACUUACUAGACCCGUCGUACACAGUCGAGGAAGUAUUGGCGAAACAUAAAGUUGAGGUCAUUGAUUACAUAAGAUUCUCGUGUGGAGAAGUCAUUGAAGCCAACAUGCCUGGCGUGGAGAAGCAGCCAUUAGAUACAGUCCAAACCUUACAAUAA